GUUGCCGUGGCGAUGUUCCGUCGCAGGAAGAAGAAGCGCAGGCCGGAGAUCUCGGCGCCGCGGGACUUCCAACACCGCGUCCACACGUCGUUCGACGCCGCCACGGGACAUUACGUGGGUCUGCCGCCACAGUGGCAGAGCCUCAUCGACACGCUGAGGAGGCCGCGCCCCCUGGUGGACCCCUCCAGGAUCACCGAGGUCCAGCUCGGACCCAAGAAGACGAUUGUUCGUGGCAGUUUUAUUGGCCACGGCGACUACAUCAGUCAUGUGAUCUCCGAGAUGAGCCGUCUGUCCGUCUCCAGCUCCAACUCUCUGCGUCGCAGCAGCCCAUCGGCACGGAAACGUGCCCAGUCAAUGGGUCGACUGGGAGAACUGGUGGAGGACGAGUCGUACCAGUACAAGGAGCUCGGUCGCCGUGGAGUCGCUGGGAAGAGCGACGGGAGCUCCACCUACUGGCAGGACCGGAUCCGACAGGUCCGCAGGGAGACCGGCAGCCCCAAACAGAAUGGAGCUCUGCAGAGAGCCAAGUCCACCUGCCAGGUGGGUUCUGAGGCCACCCCCCGCACAACUGGGACACCUCAGACAGGUGGGACAGGUGAGACAGGAGUACGGUACGCCCGCAGUGAGGGGGCGGGGCUAAUACAGAGGCCGACUUCCUGUCACUACAACCUGCAGACCUUGGACACCAACAGCAGAGCUCACCAAAGACUGAAACCAGCCGUCAAUCACCUGCCUGACCUGCUGUCCUCCUCCAGAGAAACUCCCAGAAGGCCACACUCCUCCUAUGACCUCAAGCUGACCUCCCCCUCCUCACCCCUCCUGCUACCUCCCCCUAACAGCACCAGCAGUCCCCUCAUCACAGGUAGGGGUUUACCUCAGCGCUCGCUCCGGCCCGUCUCUAGCUGCAACAUUAUUACAAAAACACCGACCCCCCCGAACCAGGACGGACCCUCCAAGCCCAGCCCCUCCCCCACUGGAUCCUCAGCCUGCCCCCCCGCCCGGCUCUGCCCCUCCUCCACCCAGCAGACGGUACCUGACGGAGGUCCUCAGAAGGUGACCCACGAGCAGUUUAAAGCAGCUCUGCAGAUGGUGGUGGACCCGGGUGACCCGAGGACAACUCUGGAGAACUUUGCGAAGAUCGGGGAAGGGUCCACAGGUGUGGUCUGCAUUGCCCAAGAGAGACACAGUGGGCGACAGGUGGCUGUGAAGAUGAUGGACCUGAGGAAACAACAGCGCAGAGAGCUGCUUUUUAAUGAGGUGGUGAUCAUGAGGGACUACCAGCACCAGAACGUGGUGGAGAUGUACCGCAGCGCUCUGGUGGAGGAGGAACUCUGGGUAAUCAUGGAGUACCUGCAGGGCGGCGCUCUCACCCACAUCGUCAGUGAAACCAGGUUGAAUGAGGAGCAGAUAGCGACGGUGUGUGAAGGCGUCCUGCAGGCGUUGUCCUACCUUCACUCUCAGGGAGUCAUUCACAGAGACAUAAAGAGUGACUCCAUCCUACUGACACUGGACGGGAGGAUAAAACUGUCGGACUUUGGUUUCUGCGCUCAGAUCAGUAAGGACAUCCCAAAGAGGAAGUCUCUGGUUGGGACUCCGUACUGGAUGGCCCCCGAGGUGAUCUCCAAAACACCAUAUGGCACAGAGGUGGACAUCUGGUCUCUGGGCAUCAUGGUGGUGGAGAUGGUGGACGGAGAGCCACCAUAUUUCAGCGACACACCCAUCACUGCCAUGAAGAAGCUGAGAGACGAAGCAGCACCGAGUGUGAAGAACAUCCAGAGGGUGUCUCCGGUGCUGAAGGACUUCCUGGGCUGCAUGUUGACUCGUGACACGCUUCAGCGUAGCGGCGCCGGCGACUUGCUGGAGCACCCGUUCCUGCUGCAGGCCGGAUCCCCACGCUGCCUGGUGCCGCUGGUGGAGCAGCACCGCAAACGCACGUCGCUCUGCUGAACACCCGAGAGCAGACCCGAGACACGUGUGGGACUCACCUGAGA